UCUGGUGGUCCAUAUGGAUUUCCCGAAAUGAGAGUAUUUAAGUAUGCUAGUAAGGAAAGAAAUCUGUUCAUUAACCAGGUCGAUAAAACAGUUGAAUUUAUUAUUAAUUAUUCAAAAAACAAAUCCCAUAUUCCUAUAUGUAAGGUCGUCGAUGAAUUGACUUCAGACUAUAUUAUAUACGCUAUUAUGGUUAUAUCUCCAAUUAUCCGUACGCAUAAUCAUAAGAUGAAUUACCUUAUGAAACGUGAUUUACUAUAUGAAAUAAGUUCAGAUAGUGACUUGAAUCGAAAUGAUAUUGGUAUCACACCUCAACAAAAUCUAGAUGAUAAAGAAAUCACAUCUCAAAUUCUAGAUUCUUAUUUAUUUGCCGAUCCCAUUACAAGAAAUUUGAUUGGCAAUAUUAAGUUUGAUUUCCUUUUUAAACAUUAUCCUUCAUACGAACUUGAAGACUUACUCUUUAAUUUUAGGGCCUUAAGGCAGGCAAUUAUUGAUAUUCAGAGAUAUCAGUUAGGUGUUGAUGAUGCUGAUAUGCGUAUUAACCCUGCAGUUGCAAGACGAUCUGGUCAUUCUUUGUUGACAGACAUCUAG